UGCCAGGCGACCGGUCCCACCCGGGUGGACAUGAGCGGGGUGAGGAUGGUAGCGUCGCGCGCGUGCUGCCCGUGUCUCGCCGUGCUCCUCUCCGUGACUACCAUCGGCCUCACCGUCACGGCCUUCGUCUCGUCCAACUGGACCGAAGGAACGGAGAAGGUCAGAGGGUCAGUCGAGGACUACACUCGCAAGAUAAACGGCUCCAAAAUACAAAUCAGCCACUGGAAACUCUACAUAUCAUUUCACUGUGGGUACUGGACGCUGUGUCGGGAAAGUAGGAUACGAGGGCAGGCGGAGCGGUGCGACUCGUUCAUCCAGCGACUCCCGCGAACCGAGGUGCCCAAAUUUAUCGGAGCCAUCGCAGCGGAGUGUGGGUCCAUCUGUCUUUUGUUAAUAGGACUGUUUUGCCAGAUGGGAGGCUGCUGUACGUCUCAGCCGUCCAUGCACCGCGUCGCGGCCCUCAUGUCCGUGGCGUCGGGGUUGGUCUCCUUCCUCGGCCGCAUCUUCUUCAUCAUCGUCCUGAACCGGAACGUGGAGAGCGACGGGGACAUCUGGAGACCCGUGGACUGGUGGUACGGCUGGUCCUUCAAGAUAGCCUGGCUCGCCUUCCUCUGCGAUAUGAUGUCUUCCAUUGCCAGUUUGCAGGCGUUCAGCACAAAGACGGCAGAGAUCAGGCAGGCCAAGCGAAGGGCACAGCUGAAGAAAGUGGAGGAAAUCAUAGACCUGCAACUCGUCGCUAGUAGAUCCACUGUUGAGACACGCUGUUAA